ACAGAUGUUUGUAAAUAUUUCCAAGAGGAAAAAAGGAAAAGAUGAACAGAUGAAGCUGACAGGUCUUAAUAGUGUUAAAUAACGAAGUAUCUGUAUAUUUUUACAGUUAGAGCUUCUGAUGUUGAUCUAAUGGAGUAAACAUGCAAGAAGACCCCAAAGACAUCGCUUUUCUUCACAAACUUUUACUGUCAUCUUUUGAAUGCUAAAAAGUGGGAAAUGGUUCCUUUGUUUUGUCUAAAACUUGUUGAUAUUCAAUAUGACAAGUAGAGAAAGGAAGGACUCUCUUUCUCUUUCUGAGAAUGAAGAUAAUAGGGACACUGAUGAAGAUUUCCAAGGGCCCCACGACUGGAGAAGGCGACUGAAGCCAGUCCAGUUUCAGUUUACAGCUGAUGAUUCCAAGCCUCCCCAAUCUUCAUCAGUUUCCAGGAGUAAUAGUACUAGACGAACCUUAGAGGAACUGAGGGAGUCUGACAAACCCCGCAGAAUUCCCUCCUGGAAAAGACACCUCAUUGAAAAGAAGAAAAUCACAGUCAAGCGACAUGGAAGUGGAGCAGGACAGUGUGGCACCAGCAUUUACAGGAAGAAGUCCUUCAAUAAAAACCUGGAGUCAGCAUUUCAACAGCAAGUCGUCAAUUCAGCUCAAGUCAGGAAAAAAGUUUCGCCAUCCAACUCUUUUAAACAGUCUCAAGCCUUGACCAGAAAUAGGAUUGCUAAAGUACUUAGAGCUCGACUGUAUCUCUUGCAACAAGCCGGUCCAAAUUCUUUUUUGAUUGGUGGAGAUUCGCCUGAUCACAAGUUUCGAGUCAUCAUAGGACCGCAGACAUGCAGUUGUGGCAAAGGACCUCACUGUGUCCAUGUGUUGUUUGUGAUGUUGAGAGUUUUCCAAAUCAGGGAAAGUGAUCCUCGUUUACUGAGCAAAGUGCUGAAAAAUUAUGAGGUGGAGGCUUUAUUUAAAGAGUACCAUGACAAAAUGUCGUCAAGAAUCUCAAUGAAGAAGGAAGUAAAAGUAACGAAGACAGCAAGUAGUUCUGACCUGCUGUCUCCAGACAUGGCUUCCGGACAGUCCGAGGCAGACGGAGAAAGUGUUAAGGAGGAUGAUGAUACUUGUCCCAUCUGUCUGCUGGAAAUGCUGGAAGGGGAGAGCUUGCUGAAAUGUGAAAAUGGCUGCCAAAAUCGUCUACAUCAUCAUUGCAUAUCAGUCUGGUUUGAGCUUUGCCGGAGACAAAAUGAUCCACUUAUCUGCCCUCUAUGCAGAGCCAAGUGGAAGUGCAGUGACAUUGAAAUCAAAGGAGAGGAAGCUGGUGACACCCAGCUGCCCAUAGUACCUCCAAACACUAGGGCCCCCUCCCCAGACAGGGCUCUGUCAUACUCUGAGGCUGUCCCCCCAGAGAGAGACCGUCUGCCGUAUGCUGAACCAAUCCCUCCCGAGCAUGCUGCUCUUGCAGAACCUUGGAUCAAGAUAUAUGGCGAGGAUUUGGUAUCUUGCUUUUUCACCCGUAACUGGUCUAUUCGUGAGUCUGGGGUUCGACAUUUGAGUAAGGAGGUGGUAGGGGUGCUGAUCAAAGGUAUGGGGGAGGGGAAAAGUGGUGUGAUGCUCUCCCCAGAGAAAGCCAGUCACAUACAUCGAUCCCUGGAGGUGUGCUGUCAAAUCCUUGCCUUUAUGAGUGGGGAUCCAGUCUACAGAGUAUAUGUAGCUUGCUUAAAAGCUUUAAGGACUAUUUUAUCCUAUAUUCCAUGUCGAGAGGACAAACAAAAGUCUCGCUUAGAGGCAGACAUUAAGCCCGUAGUUGAUGCCAUUAUCAUCAAAUGCACCGAUGGCAACAGAAGAACUAGUCAGUUGUCCUUGUCUACACUCGUGGAGCUGGCAAAAGGAAGCAGCGGGGAGCUGAGUGUGGGAAGUCAAAUCACAGGGGCGCAAAGUUUCGACAGUUUGGAUUAUGUGAUUCGAUGUGCAACAGAGGAUUUUGAUUCAGAAACAGUUUCGUGGCAGUGGCUUUUGGGAAGGCUGUACCUUUUGGAAAGAUUCUUUGAGGAGUUUCAAAACGAGUUAUCCCCAAGGAAUCCUCCAGAAGGGAAAUCCGGUGAUGAGGAAUCUGUGCUGGGAGGAGCCAAAUUUUCGGAAGGGGGUGCUAUGACUUCCCCUGAAAGGCUGCUGACCAUUGCUCGCUUUGUUAUAAAGCUUGUCAAAAACUCUCAUUCAAAAGUCAGUCGCAUGGCUAGGAAAGUUUUCUUGUUGGUGGCCAAGUUUUCGAUUCAUUUAGAGUCCAUGAUGGAGGAUUUGCACGACAUGUUAUCAGUACUAGAUGAGACAUCGGUGAAGUCCUUGAAGAAAAGAAUGUCCAGAAUUUCAGACGACUUUAAUUUGUCUGAAAAGCUAGUACAUGAAUUGCAUCAUGGCAUAACAAAUAAGAACAAUGAGCAGGAUCACACACCUGAGAAUUCUCCCCUUUCCUCACCUGAGUCGACACCUAGGUGUAACUCUCCCGUAACAGCAUCUCCAGAAUGCUUGAGUGAAGCUAGUGGUUCAAAUAAAGGGAGGUCCUUACCAUUAGUCCCUCCCAAUACCCCAAUUCGGGCUCGGAAGGAAUGCAAGUACGAGUCAACAGAAAAUGAGACUGCUAAUGAAAAAUGUGAUACAAAAAAGCAAAAUGAGAUUGUGAAUGGAGAAAUACCCGAUGACAUAGUGAUUGUAACAGAAAAAGUACUCGAGUGUUCCAAACCUGCUAAACUAGUCAUAGCUGUCCCUACAACUGAGUCAAUGCUUCAGGACAGUGCAAGAAAAAGCCCAUCUCCAAAACUUCAGACUCCCCCUCCUAAAACACCUCCCCCUAUUCCACCCAGACCUCCUUCUAGAAAAGGCAGUUAUGAGAUUCUACAAGUUGGCCCGAUAUUGUCUCCUCCCACACUGCCCCCUCAAGAGGCAGUUUUACCACCACCACCAGAUGUGGUGAAGUGUGCCAGUGAGUCAGAAGAGCGAAAGAAACUGUCACUGCCACUGCCGUGUACAACUGAAGAAAAGCCCUUCACAUUGUGUGAUUGCGAGGACAAAGAAGGCUGUAAACAUAAACCCAAACCCUGUCUCCUAUCUUUAGACCUACCAAAGAAAUUACCCUUGUCACUAGAUUUACCAAAGAGGGAAGCCUCUGCAUAUACAGCAACUUCAGAGCCUCACGAUGCAGAGGCCCAGGGCAGUACCAGCUUUUCGUCUGAUGAGCGUACACUUUCCUCUGAUGACUCGCUAGACAGGGUUUGCCGUCGUAAGGUGAGGGAUCCUGGUCGGUUUCCAACAGCAGAACAAGGAGCCACCUCAAGUGAUGAAAUUCUGGAUGUAAGACCAAGAGGUCGAACUCGUCUUGAACAUUCGGUUUCUUUCAAAUCAGAGGUGGCCUCUCCAAAGGAACCUAUAAAGAGUUUUAUGAAACAAAAGCAAGAUGAUGAUUGUCCCUGUAAAGAGGAGGUAGAGAGAGAGGAGGCCCUGGCACUAGCCAAAGCCAUGGAAGUUUCAGCCCUUGACCCUCCCAAACCCAUCAUCCCUGGCCUCACCCCAACGGACAGGGAGGAAGUCAUAACCAUUCGCAUUCAGCCAGAGAAUGGAGAACGUCUUCAUGAUGCAAAAGGAGGGAAUGGUCCCUCACUUUACUUAGAGGGAAUCCAUUGGAUUAAGGGCCCUUUACUAGGUACAGGGGCAUACAGUACAUGCUACCAAGCCAGGGAUGUCAAAACAGGUGUCAUUAUGGCUGUCAAACAGGUGUCCUUUUGUCGGAAUUCAAGGUCUGAGCAGGAGAUUGUGGUGGAGACCAUCACAGAGGAGAUCAUUAUGAUGACCAAGCUGAACCACCCCAAUGUGGUCAGGAUCAUGGGAGCCACCAGGCACGGCUGCCACUUUAACAUGUUCGUGGAGUGGAUGCCUGGUGGUUCAAUCUCCUACUUGCUGGGAAUGUAUGGUGCUUUUUCUGAGAAUGUCAUCACCAGCUACAUCCUCCAGAUUCUAAGAGGACUAGCCUAUCUCCAUGACAACCAUGUUCUCCAUAGGGACCUAAAAGGUGCAAAUCUUUUGGUGGACAGUACAGGUCAAAGGUUAAGAAUUGGUGACUUUGGAGCGGCAGCACGUUUGGCCUCUCAGACGACAGGAGCUGGGGAGUUCCAGGGUCAGCUACUGGGAACCAUUGCUUUCAUGGCUCCAGAGGUUUUGAGAGGAGAAAAUUAUGGAAGAGCUUGUGACGUAUGGAGCGUGGGGUGUGUCAUUAUUGAGAUGACAACCACCAAACCUCCUUGGAAUGCGAAGGAUAUCUCAAACCACCUGGCACUCAUAUUUAAGAUUGCAACAUCUAUGCAACCUCCUCCUAUUCCGGAUAAUCUCUCCCCACCGAUCCGAGACAUUCUUUUAAGAUGCCUGGAACAGAAGAAGACGGAGAGGCCUACUGCCAAGGAACUGUUGGUUCAUCCACUAUUUACUCAGUACAUGACAAGCACCAGCAGUAAAUGCUGACGUGCCACAUUUCCCAGCAUUCAGCUUUGGGCCAUGCCACAUCAUCUUGUGGGGAAUUCCGUGUUCAUUAUCAAUGCAGCAAAUGUCAGAAUAUUUGAGAAAGUAAUUUUGAUUGGUAAACAUUUAAGAUUGUUUUUGUGCAGUUGGAGCAAUGGAGAUAUUAUUUUUUACAUUCCUCCCACCUCAGACAUAUGGCUCAAGGUCUGUCCAUCUUUAAAAACUGUAUGAUAUUCGGAUAUUGCUCUCCACUCUUGUGCGUGUAUCUUUGAAAUACAUUUAUUCACAUUUGACAGGCAAUGUUAUUCUAUACAACGAAUAUAUGAUGAAAACUAAUCACUGAUUGGUAAUUAAAUAUCUAUGAUAAGGUUUUUUAAAGAUGAGUUUUCACUAUCCACUGUUAUCAAAGGGGUUCACAGUGUUCUAACCCUCAAUAUUUAUUGGUAACAAUCAAGUCAUCUCUUUAAUGGAUUCAUAGAUAAAUGAUGUAAAAAUCAUUCAAUGAAUUUUAAUACAGAAUUUUUAUCAACAAGCAUUGAAGAAUGAUAAAUGACCCCUUAAUUUGAUAAGGACUAGAAAUUAUGAUACAGAAUUUUUAUCAACAAGUAUUGAAGACUGAAAAAUGACCCCCAAAUUUUUUAUCAGGACUAUUGCACUUUUACUGUUAUUUCUGUUGGAUUUACAUGUACAUUUAGACAUUUUUUCAAUGUUGAACUAAACAGUAUUAUCUCCCUUUAGUAUUAUUCAGUGCCAAUGAAUCACUAGAUUAUGUUGACGGAUACUAAUUUCUUUUUUUCUUCUCUCCUAUUCAUUGUAAGUUAGCUUAUGGAGCAUGAAAUAUCAAUGGAAUAAUGCAUGCGCAUGUUUAAUCCCCAAUAUAUGAACAUGUUAAAUUUUUAAUAUAUACGAUGGCAGUUUUUUUUUUGUUUAACUGUUGAACAUAACAUCUUUAGCUGGUUUUAGUUUGCAUCUGUUAGCUCUCCUAGACUGGGGUGUCACUGUCACGUUAAUAUCAUAGAUGCCAAUUGUCUCAGUAGUCGUGAUAUUAUUUAUUUAGUUAGCAGUAGUUAUUACUUUUUCAUGCUUCUAUUUUAUACCCUUAGCUCGCUCUCUGUACAGAUAUUGGAUUCAAUAGCUUUUCUUCUGUCAGUCUGUAUACAUAUUCUACCAAAGCAAAAGUUUGUUUCUACAAAGCUUUUUUUUUUUUUCUUUUUUAUUGCUUUUAUGACUGAAAGCAUUUGUUUAUUAAUAUAUACCAAAAGAGAGAAAUAUAUGACCUAUAUGUAGUGUUGCUUUUGUCUAAUAUUUACAUAAAAUCCAGUGUGUUUGACACAUGUGGAAUAAAACUGUAUAAAAUAAUGUACAAGGAUAUGUAAAAAAAAAAAUUGUUUACUGUUUUAAUUCAAUGGUGCUUUUUAAGUGAUCUUUCACAUCAUUUGUAUGACAUAGACGUAGUGUGGUCAUACAUUUCUGCAAUGAAAAUCAUGCAUAAUAUAUAUAUAUACAAUGAAAUUUUGUUUAUUAAAAAAUCCUAUUACGGUACUAAAUACUUGAUUUACAAUGUACUACUAUGCAGACACAUUUUUUCAGUGCACAUUAGCAUGAAAACUUACUCCUAUUGUACAUUUUUCAUCCUAGCCCAUUGGGUUUUUUUGUUGUUGAUUGAAUUAUGAAUCUCAACAUUAAUUAGAUAGCAGUGCUCUAUAAUGUUUGCUCAGUUUAAAAAUUGAUUCUUUUUUCGGUCUCAUAAUGUAAAUAAAUUUGGAUGUGAAUCUGCAAAUAUAUCAGCUUACAGAAAAUGCUAUUUAUAUAGUCAAGUAAUAUUAUACCAUUGUUCCUCUUGUAACUUGUAUGUUACUAUCGGUAGGUCUCCAUGCCGAUUCUUGCCUCAUUAAUCUAUUUGUCUCUGAGAAAUAGAUCCUUGCUGCUUUGAUGCAUAAUCAAAAAUUCAUGAAUGAUUUAUAUUCCAUAAAAAAAAAAAACAUUCAGAUGUCUACCUCUUUUACUUAAGAAUGUUUGAAAAAUAUGCACUUAUUAGUUAAGCCAGUAUUAAGAAAUAUCAGAUUUUUUUUUAGCAUAUUUCAAAUUUUGAAGUGCCUUUAUGAAUUAAAGACUAUUAUUAAAAGUUCUGGAGAUCAUAUGGAUUUUGUGAUAAUAGGGUUGUGAUCAUUGUACAUAUCACUGAUGUUGUCUGUAAGUCAUUGCAUUCAAGUUCUGUGUGUAUGUACAUUUCUUUCCCUUUCUUUUUUUAUUCUGCUCAUAAGUCUUAGCUCAAAAAAGUGAUGAUUUGAUGCAUAUGCUCUCACCAUAGAGUAGAUUAUGUAUUUCAUUCUGUAGCUCCUUUGUCGCUAUACAUGUACAUUGUUUUUUGUGGACGUUAUAAGUACCAAGGUUUUGAUCCUACAUUUUUUACAUUUGAUCUUUGUAAAUGAACAUAGAAAAGUUUUAAAGUUAAAAGAUUUUUUUGGUUAUACUUUGAGUAAUCAAACUAUUUUUUAUAACCUGUUAUUAUACUAAUAUUUUUUGGCUGUUGUCAACAAAGUAGUGGCUCAUAUACUUCUUGACUGAGCUAAAAAAAAAAUUCAUUUUUUAAGGUUUCUCAGCACAAAUUUUGUUUUGUGUUUUACAUCUUACGAAUACAUUUAAGCAAUGGUCAUAUCAUUAUCAUUUUGAAAUGUUUGUCACAAAUUUAAAUUGAUGUUGUAUUGAGAAAACUUUUAAUUGGAUUAUAUCUUAAGCUAUGAAAUAUUCAAUAUUCAUACUAUCUUAGAAUUCAGUUACCGGUAUGCAUGAAAUGUAUGUUUAUUACCAAAAAUAGCAAUACCAAUAGAGCCUAAUUAAUAAUGACUUGUAAGAAAUGUAAUCCAAUACUUUCAGGAAUUUUACAUCUGAAUUAAACACGAUCUUUUAUAGCUCAAUUCAGUCGAUGGAUAUUUUUAGGAUGAAAAUAAGUUAUCAAGAUUGAUUCAUAUCAACAGAUAUUCCAAGCAAAGCCAAUGAUAUCAAGAUAUCUCAUAUAUUUUUUAGCAAUAUGGAUACUAGUCAUUUUAAAUCAUUUUCAAUUUUUUGUUUUUGUUACUCAUAAUCUUGUUAUUUAUUGAUAAUUAUAAGUUGCAACUGCAGAAAUUUAUUACCCAUUUAUCUGAAUUAAACUUAUAGAAGUAACUGGGUUUGGAUGCAAAUAAAAUAUUUCAGAAUAUUCAUACUAGAACAUAAGAAUAAGGUAGACUUUACAA